UAUCUCUCUCCGCGUGCCGCGAGACGUGCUCACGUGCGCCUUCGACGCCGCGUGGCGCCUCUCUACGACGCCACACAGUGCCAAAACAUGCCUCGCCCUACACGAGAGUCCUAUGGUGACCAAAAACCACCCUUCUCAUACAUAGCAUUGACCGCCAUGGCUAUAUGGAGUUCGCCGGAGCGCAUGCUGCCGUUGUCGGAGAUCUACCGCUUCAUAAUGGACAGGUUCCCAUAUUACCGCCGCAACACGCAGCGCUGGCAGAAUUCACUACGACAUAACCUUUCUUUCAACGAUUGCUUCGUUAAAGUGCCGCGGCGACCAGAUCGGCCCGGCAAAGGCGCCUACUGGACGCUGCAUCCGCAGGCCUUUGACAUGUUCGAGAAUGGCUCUCUGCUACGCCGACGUAAGCGGUUCAAGCUACAUAAAGGCGAAAAGGACAGCUUGAACGCUGAGCUGGCGGCGCUGGCUAGUUUCAAUAGAGCAUUCCUAGCAAGACAGGCUGGUAGCCACCCGCCGCCGGCAAGUUUACCAGGCAGCGGGCUAUAUGGUCCUUCAGCAGCUAUGUGUCCGAGACCUAGUCCAGAGUCACCGGAAGCUCCGGAUACAACAGCGAUGUUGCCGACGGGACCGCGGCCGCGGCGCGCGUUCACUAUCGACGCUUUGCUGGAGCCGGAACCACGACGAGCGUCGCCGUCGCCACCUAGUCUGCCGCCGCCACCACCACCGCACUGCCCGCGCCCGCUACCCCCGGCGCCAUACUUGCUGGCGGCUCAACGGUACCACGCCGAACUGCUAGCGGGUCUGCAGCAAUCUUGCUUGCCACCCCUGUGGACGUGGCGAGACACUAGCCAGUUUUCCCACUAUACGCUUAAUUCAUGAAUGACGCACCGUGGGUGUGAAAUUCAGAACGAUCUCAGCAAUAAUAGCUCUAUUUGUGAGUUCUAGAGACAGUUCAUGUUUAUAGUAACGUAGACAAAUAAUUAACGAAGUGUGUGUUGGAAUUACUGAGUCGAGUGAUUCGACUGAAGAACUUUCGAGUUUCAAGGGAGUGCGUGCUGAAAAGGACUAUUCAGGUUUGAAUAUUUCUAGCAGUCAUGAUUAAUAAUUUCCCAAUUACAUAACAAUGCAAUUUCGAAAGAAAUUACUGAUGUCUCGUAAGCAAAAGUAAAGUAAAAAUAAUCGUAUU